GCCCAAAAAGAACAAGAAACCCUUUCUUCUUCAUCGUCCUUCUCUGUAGUUUCUUCUGUUUAUCAGGGCUUACAUUUACAUAUUUCCUCCCAGUUCGUGUUUUAGGAAUCUGCAGCCAUGGAUGAAGAGUUAGAAGAUCGUGCCGCCUUGCUUUCUCGCAUUGAACUGUUGGAGCGCGAGCGUGAUGAGCUACGUAAUGAUAUCGAGCAAAUGUGUAUGCAACAUGCUGGACCUAGUUAUGCUGGUGUUGCUACCAGGAUGCAUUUUCAAAGGACAGCCGGUCUGGAGCAGGAGAUAGCUGACUUGAAAAAGAAGUUAACUGCUUGCCUACGAGAGAAUGUAAAUCUCCAAGAAGAGCUUUCAGAGUCUUACCGUAUCAAAUUCUUUCUGCAGAACCAGUUGGCAGAUCUACAUGCUGCAGAGCUCUCCAAGAGCAUGGAAGCAGAGAAGCAGAUCAAGUUUUUCCAAGGCUGUGUUGCUACUGCAUUUUCUGAGCGUGAUAAUGCAAUGAUGGAGGUUGCCAGUGUAAUUGAGAUAACUGCCAUUGGGGCUUUGAGAGUAAGGAAGGUGCUGCCAGAGUUGAAGGCUGAAAAAGCCAAGGAGAAAGAGGAACUUGCAUCACAAAAGUUUGACAUUAUGCAAGAAAGGAUAGAAGAACUCAGGUUGGUUGUUCUUGAAGAAAAGAAACUUUCAGCUAUGCUUCAGACUGAUCUAGAAAAGCUACGGAAGGAGAAUGAAAUAUUCAAAGAGGUGAUCACUAAGUUCUAUGACAUCAGACAACAUUCUUUGAAUGAAUAUUAUGAUAUUGGUUGGGAAGAUAGGUGUUCUUCCCUUUUGAACGAUUCAGAAGACAUGUGGACUUUCGCUGGUCAAGGGGAAUCACCCACCACAGACUACAUUACUUCGCUGGAGGAAGAAGUGGAGGCAUUGAGAAUAUCUAUAAUUAAUCUUCGUAGCAAGCUGCAGAUGGGAAUGGAGAUCGAAAAACAUUUGAAGAAGAUGGUCCGUGAUUUGAAAAACAAGAACAUCUGUUUGGAAGAAAAGAUGAAGAAGGACAUAUCAGGAUUACAUAGUUUCCAUUCUCAGCACAGGCUCGACAUCGUGAAUUUGCUUGAGGAGGAAUCUUCUCAGUUUAAAUCAGUUGUUAAUGAUAUAAAUGAAAAAAUGAGACAACUUUGUAUGAAUGAAGAACUUAACCAUUUGUUACCUAAGAGAGAUGUGCAAUUGCCAGACGUUGAUUGCCGUGAUGUACAUAUUAGCCCUGACGCCAACUCAGAUGGUAUUACAAAGGAAAAUGUCUCUGGCUUACCAAGCACUUCCAUUUCUGGAGCUGGGAAUGGUUCAGAAUCCUUUGCUCAGAUGUUAAAAGAAAAGGAAAACGUUUCUGUCUUGCAAGAAACUUGUAGUUCUGGAACAGAGAAUGCUUCUGAACCUCUUGCCCAGGCAUUGCAAGAGAAGGUUGCAGCAUUGUUGCUUCUAUCACAGGAAGAAGAGAGAUAUUUGUUAGAGAGCAAUGUAAAUGCAGCUCUUCAGACCAAACUGGAGGAGCUACAAAAAAACCUAAUACAAGUGACAAAUGAAAAGGUGGUUGCCCUUAUGGAGUUGGCACAACUGAAGCAGGAUUACUAUCUAUUACAGGAGAAACUGAAUGACAAUGUAAAGCAAGGCAAGGUUUUAAUCGACAGCGAAGAGAAAAGCACGAUCCAUGAUAAGGAUGGAAGGUUGAAAAGUUUGCUGAAGAAGACAUACUUUAGCCAGUGGAUUAACCACCCUCUUAGUUCCCAUGGAAGUGAAAGUGGGGCCCAUCAAGAGUAUGCACACAAUAUCAGCAAGAAAAGCGCUAGUAAUACCAUGGAUUUUGCAAGAAUGAAGAUAGAGUAUGCAGCCCUUAAAGAGAGCUUGGAAAGCAUGGGACAUCUAACUAAUUCAAUUCACAGACUUCGUCUCUCGCUUGUUAAGGUUAAAGAAUCGGACGCAGUUGGCGGGGAACCAGAAAUAAUUGAAAAUGUUGUUACAGAGGCAAAACUUCUUAAAACGGCCCUCGGUAGUUCUCUUCCUGUAAGUUGGUCGGCUGAGACGGAGGAUGUGGAAAAGGUUGAUUUUGUGUCUGUAGCUGGUUUUGAGAUGGUGGAGCUGCUUAUAUUAGCCUCACAGUUAUUAAGGAACUCCAUGCCUUGAAGAAAAGCUCCAUUUGGUUGCUUUUUGUGAAGCAUGUUUGCGCAGUAGAUAUUAUAGAUAAUUGAUUGCAUUUUGUGGUUUGUAACCUUCAUGUUGAAGCAGGCAUGGCUUAUUUAUUCGUGAUC